CCACCGGUGACGUGCGCGCAGGGAAGCACCCAGCAGUAUGUGCGCGCCCACGGGAGGGGCCGAUAGAAAAUGGCGAGUCUGUGCAAAAGGCAGCAAUGCACGAUAGAGAGGCGCGGCUUUCGGCAGGAACUUGACUCUUGGAGGCACAAACUCAUUCACUGUGUAGGCUUUGAAAGCAUCUUGGAAGGCUUGUUUGGGCCGGGACUAGUCAAAGACAUCACCCUUUUCCAAGACUGCGAGCCAGAGGAAGUGUCUGACUGGUCCUUUGAUGAAAACUGUCUCUUCUGCUGCUUAAGACGUGAGAAAGUCAAGGAGCACAGCGUGGAGAACGGUGGAGGCAGCCACGUGCUGUCGGAGUGUGAAGACUUCAAACAGGAGCAGUCUCGGAUCAGCCGACUGGAGAGACAGGCUCAAGACUUCCUCAAUGCUGUGUUCCACAGAAAAGACCUCCCAAGUUUCUCAGACCCUCACAUUCCUCUAGUGGCUCGUGAGAUCAUGCAGCGAAUGAUCCGCCAGUUCGCUGCCGAAUAUACCUCAAAAACUACUCAGGACGACCCGCCCCUGCCCAACGGCACCAUGAAGGACCAAAGCCUGCCGAAAGCGGUGUCUCUGGCCCCGGCCCCCAGCUCUCCACCAGGGCCACUGGCUGCGCCAAACUCUCCUCCAUCAUCUGCCUCCUCCUCUCCAUCCCCGACCCCGGGACAAUGCUUCAGCCCCACCUCCGCUGCUGCUGCCUCGGCACUCGCCUGCACCCAGAGCAGCAACAGUACGGGAGCCAGUAAUGGUGGGGGAGGAGGAGGAGGCACGGCUGCUGCCUCUGCACAGAAUCCCGUCCUCAGCAAGCUUCUCAUGGCCGACCAGGACGGCCCGUUGGACCUCACCGUUAAGAAGAACCAGGCUGAUCCAGAGCCCAGCCAGCAGGAUGGCGUCCUAGACCUCUCCACAAAGAAGAACCACAGUGCAGGCAGCCCCAAAGCUUUGCUCAACUUCACCCCCAAACCUGGGCUCAAGGGACUUUCAAUCAAAGCAGAUCAUACCCUGCCAGAGGCGGAAGAGGAGGAUGGGCUGCUGCAGAAAAGUUUGCAGGAUGGAAUGAGGGAGAACUACGUCAACUCUAACUCCUUCAAGCCCCCACUGGCCCGCUCGCUGCGUAUUAAGGAAGAGCUUCUCAGCCAGAAGCAUCGCCUUCAGAGUCAACCUCCUGCUCUUUCACUGUCUAAUCUAGAGUCAGCUGGCUUGCUCAGUCAUAGCCAGUCCCAUUCCUUGCUUGGCCAAAAGGGUUCUUCUUCAUUUUGGGGAAGUAAGGCUCACCUUGAAAGCCUAAUGAAGCUGAAGCAGGCCAGUGGAGCUUUGAGCGACCUCAAAGACCUGCCUACAUUCCUGGAACAUCAACACCACAACCACCACGGAGCCUUCUCCUUUAAGAGUUCCCUUCAUCAUCACCACCACAAUCAGGUUUCCAAGGCCCAACAUCAUCACAUUGAAGGAAAGAGAGACCAAGGCCACUCUCCGCCUGUUGACCUGAAAAUCCCCCAGGUUCGGGGCAUGGAUCUUUCCUGGGAUUCCCAUUCCUCUGAGCUUUAUGGCUAUGGUGCCAUGGGGGUCGGGGGUGGUGGCCAUGGGGACAACACCCUGAGCCGGAAGCUAAGAGCCAUUCUGCCAAAGCAGAACCGCCGAGGAGGAAGCCUUGGGAGCCUCUUGGAUGGGGCCGCUGAAUAUUGGAACUCAGACUUGGACCACUCAAGUUCUGGGCCGGCGUACUCCAUCUCAGAUGUGGAAGGGGACCCAAGCUCCAAGCAGCCAAGGAAGAAGAGAGGCCGAUAUCGCCAGUACAACAGUGAGAUUCUGGAGGAGGCCAUAGCUGUAGUGAUGAGCGGGAAGAUGAGCGUGUCCAAGGCACAGAACAUGUAUGGGAUCCCACACAGCACCCUGGAGUACAAGGUCAAGGAGCGCAUGGGGACCCUGAAGAACCCCCCAAAGAAGAAGCUCAAGCUGAUGAUGAAGAUGGAAGCAGGAGGCCAGGAGUUUCCCAACGAGUCAGAGAACACGCCCACUGCAACCCCACGAGGCGACGGUGCAUCGCUAGCAGCUGCCGAGCUCAAGGACAAUGUAAAAGAAGAAAUCGAUGAUGAUUUCAAACCGAUCGACUAAACGACUUACACAUGUAAACCUCAACUGACUUAAGUAAUUUGAAAAUGGAUGGGGCUUUAUUUGUGCCAAUUUACUUUGCAGUAUCUGGGUGAGCACAAAUGCAGGAAUUAUAUGAGGAGGAUUCUUAAACUGGAGAGACACAACUAAUCGGAUGGUUCUUAACUAGUGUCAUUUGAGCGAUGCUAUAGAAGCAUUUGUUCAGCUUUUCUGUUCAGGGGCUUAACAAAUGCAGCUAAAGACAUUAGGUAAAUGACAAUUAUUUACGCAUGCUGAUAAUCCCCAACCCCCCAAAAUUCUCUCCCGUCUUUUAUGAACUUGAUACACUGAAGCAUUGCUGCUUAUAAAUGCAGUCUGCUUUGGAUUAAUAUGAUAAUGGUGGGGAAUAAAUAAGGGGAAGGUUGAAAAUUAACUCCUUAGAAGAAGUGACAAAUUGGUCCCUUUAUCACUCCCCUCUCGCUCAUCAAGUACUAGCUCAAAAUUGCAACUGUAAGGUUUAAUUGUACCAUUGAUAUUCCUCAGUUAGGGUUCGGAAUCAAACCCACUCUCUUAUUGCCAGGUAGCCAUGACGCUUUAACUGAAAAUCCUUUUCUUUCCUCCUUCAAAUAUUCUGCUAAUUUCCGUGCGGACGAAAAGCAAGAAUAACCCAUCCUUUUUAUGAACGAGAAGACACAAAAGUCAUUCAGGGAUGCAUGUUUGUGAGUUUCGUGGACACUACUGACUUCUAUAAUCGACUUCUUUUCCUCUAUCUUUUCGUUUGAUUUGUUUUGCUUUCUUUUGCACUACAUUUUGGGUCUGGCGCUUACAGACCAGGUUACCUCGGCAUUGUUGCCCAUGCAUCAUGCACUUAUUAUGGUCUGUCUCUGAAGCCCAGUCACAACUUUGCAAAGGGUCAGAGGUGCACAUCGCCUGCAUACGCUGAUUCAUAUUCAGAUGCAGGAGGCUUCUUUAACCCUCUUUUUUGCCAAGGGACAAUUUAAGGGGUGAUCUGCUUAUGGAUCAGCGGGGUUUUUUUAAGGCGGAAUGCUACCUCACGGACCUCCAUCAGUCUCUCACUGCUGAUCCUGGAAAGCCGGAGCCACCCGCAAACGGUGACUAAAGUGAGCUCACCCUCUCAUGAAGAUCGUUACUGGACAAAUGCCUUUUAGGAUCAGAAUGUGAAACUGUGCUGCUACCCAGUUCAUUAUCCAGUUCCUAUAGAGGCUUUAGUUAACCUAAGCUAAUGGAUUUUAGCUUCUUAGCUAAUGACACCAUAUUGCUGAUGUUUUUUUUUUCUUUCCUUUUUCUAAUCAAAACCAAGCAGAAGCAACUUACGUGAGUUUUAAAAGAAAUUCUUCUCCCUAAAACUUCAAAGAUGGUUUUAAAGGCAGUUUACUACAACAAUGUGCAU